AUGGAGGAGCUUGUUCACCACAGACAGGUUAUGAAGCAUCCCAGUGACGGCGAUGAGCGCGUGAACUUGUCUGAUCGUGGAAACCCCCUGACAAGCUUGCUUGAUGCUACUGUGAGUCCGAAACUCAUUCCGGGUCUCGCCUGCAUUUGCGGUUCUGAUAUCCAAAGCCCCGGUCGCCGAUGUCCGACGAAAGCCCCGACCGCCGCCUCCCCGCCGUCGGAGCCGGUAACCCGACCCGUCAGCGGCACCGAGUACAGCUGGUGCAGGGCCGUCCCCGGCGGCACCGGCAUCACCGUCCUCGCCCUCCUACUCGCCAAACCACCCGACCUGUCCCUCCUCCGGAACGCCCUCCACGGCCUUCAGAAGUCCCACCCCAUCCUCCGCUCCAGGAUCCGCUUCGACCCCGCCGCCAACGCCUUCUCCUUCGUCAUCCCCUCGUCGCCGCACCUCGAGAUCGCGCCCUUCGAUCUCUCGUCCACGUCCCGCAUCCUGAACGGCGAAGACGGUGGCGGGGGCGAAGGCGAAGGCGGCGGCGCCGGCGGGGAGGGGACGCCGCCGGGAUCGGGGAUCGAGGAGCUGAUUCCGAGCGGGAAGGCGAACAAGCCGUUCUGGGCGCGCGGGAUGGACCUGCUGGGGUACUCCCUCAACUCGUUCCGGCUCGCCCACCUGGACUUCGUGGACGCGGAGUCGCCGAGGUGUUCCCGGAUGAUGAGGUUGAAGAUGAACAGAGAGGACACCCAGAGGCUGAUCGAGGGAUGCAAGUCAAGAGAGAUCAAACUGUGCGGCGCUUUGGCAGCGGCCGCCCUGAUCGCAGCACACACCUCUAAGCAACAACCCACCAAUAACCAAUGGGAGAAGUAUGCUGUCGUCACCCUUGUCGACUGCCGUUCAUAUCUCAACCCACCUCUUUCUGUUCAACACCCUGGGUUCUAUCACUCAGCCAUCCUCAACACGCACGAUAUAAGUGGAAGCGAAAAGCUAUGGGACCUGGCAAAGAGAACCUAUACAGCCUUUGCGAACGCCAAGAACUGGAACAAGCAUUUCACCGACAUGGGCGACCUCAACUUCCUCAUGUGCAAGGCCAUCGACAACCCAGGCCUCACCGUGUCUUCGUCCCUCAGAACAGCCUUUGUUUCUGUUUUCGAGGAUACCGUUUUCGACGAGUCGAAUCCGCUGCAUGAGGAGAUUGGAGUGAGAGACUACAUCGGGUGUGCCUCUGUUCACGGCAUCGGCCCGUCCAUCGCAUUCUUCGACACCAUACGGGACGGAGAGCUGGACUGCGCGUGUGCUUACCCAUCUCCUCUGCAUUCGAGGGAGCAGAUGCAGAAGCUGAUUGAUGAUAUGAAGAGAAUUCUUGCAGACGCUGAUUGAUUGAAGAGGAAUUUCACGCACUCGCACCCAAAACCGGCAUGCGAACAUCCUUGAAACUCUGGCCUAUUCAUAUUAGGACUCCAAUUUGGCAAUAGUAACGGCUGAUUGAAGAUAUGCCGUGGAACAAUGGGAUCGAAUUGCAAACCCUAAUGCUAUGGCAUUUGAAGAUGUACGUCCCAUUUCCAUGAUCAAGAACAUCAAUAACACCGUCACGACCUAGAGAAGUGACACGAUUC